UUAACAACAAAAUGAAAACAAAAACUAUCACCGAAACGGAUCCAAUGGUUUACAUAGAAAUCAAUGAUCUGUUCGAUGAAUUGAUUGUUGAAAACAAACGACUCGUCAAUGAGUUGUUGUUUGCAAACAAAUGUUUGACUGAAAUGAAAGAUCACAUGAAUUUGGUUCACAAGAAAUACGAACCGUUUAUAUUCGCCGAAGACAUCAAUAAGUGGCAGACAUUACAACAAUCAAUGGACAUAACUGUUGAGGAAUACAAUCAAAACAAACAAUUACUGAGUAAUGCAAUGAAAAGUAAUGCAAAUCAAGAUUCAAGAAGUACUGGUCGACGAUUAAAGACAUCAAAAACAAAAUGUAUUACAAAUCAAAUAACAACAACAACAGUCACAACAGCUGAUCCAUCACAACAACAGAAUAAGUCUAUAGAAAAUAUUAGUCGACGAUUGCAAUUAAAAUUGAUAGACAAUACAGAUGAUGGUUACGGUAAUGAUGAUCACCAAUCGGAUCAAUCGGUUAAUAGUUUACUACAAUUGUUAAAUCAAAACAAUUUCGAUGAUAAACAACAACUAUAUUUGUGUCCAUUUAAUGGAUGUGAUCGCAAAUAUUCUUCGAAUAAUGGUCUGAAUCAUCACUUUCAUCUGAUUCACUAUAAACCCGAUUAUAAACCAUUUAUCUGUGAACUGUGCGGACAGGGAUUCAAACGAAAAUUUAUUCUCGAAAAACAUAUUCAUAUACACGAUGUGAACCGGCAGAAGACAUACCAGUGCUCUGAAUGUGAUAAAUCGUUUUACAAAAGCCAUGCACUUAAGGAACACAUGUUGUCUAAACACUCGACGGAAAAGUCAUUUAAAUGUGGUAUUAAUGGUUGUGAAGACAAAUUUCAAUCAGUAUAUCAGCGAACUCUUCAUCGACAAUCUGUCCAUCAAAUGAAGUAUUCGGUGAAGAAAGUCAAAGACAGGUAUUCAUGUCAAUGGCCCGGUUGUGACUAUCGGUGCGCUGGAAAGGAGCGUCUGGAAGAUCAUACACGAGUACACACCGGUGAGCGUCCGUUUGUGUGUCAGUGGCCAGAGUGUGACAAACGAUUUACAACAAAAAAUGAUCUAAAAAAACAUGUGAUUUGUCAUCAAAAUCAGAAACCGUUUGUAUGUCAAUGGCCCGGAUGUGACUAUAGGGGCAAUACUAGUGCCAAUCUGUGGAUAACUAUCACCGAAACGGAUCCAAUGGUUUACAUAGAAAUCAAUGAUCUGUUCGAUGAAUUGAUUGUUGAAAACAAACGACUCGUCAAUGAGUUGUUGUUUGCAAACAAAUGUUUGACUGAAAUGAAAGAUCACAUGAAUUUGGUUCACAAGAAAUACGAAUCGUUUAUAUUUGCCGAAGACAUCAAUAAGUGGCAGACAUUACAACAACAACAACAAUCAGUGGACACAACUGUUGAGGAAUACAAUCAAAACAAACAAAUACUGAGUACUGCAAUGAAAAGUAAUGUAAAUCCAAAUUCAAGAAGUACUGGACGACGAUUAAAGACAUCAAAAACAAAAUGUAUUACAAAUCAAAUAACAACAAUAACUGUCACAACAGCUGAUCCACAGAAACAGAAUAUAGAAGAUAUUAGUCGACGAUUACAAUUAAAAUUGAUAGACAAUACAGAUCAUGGUUACGGUAAUGAUGGUCACCAAUCGGAUGAUAGUUUACUACAAUUGUUAAAUCAAAACAAUUUCGAUGAUAAACAACAACUAUAUUUGUGUCCAUUUACUGGAUGUGAUCGCAAAUAUUCUUCGAAUAAUGGUCUGAAACAUCACUUCCAUCUGAUUCACUAUAAACCCGAUUAUAAACCAUUUGUAUGUGAACUGUGCGGACAGGGAUUCAAACGAAAAUUUAUUCUCGAAGAACACAUUCAUAUACACGAUGUGAACCGGCAGAAGACAUACCAGUGCUCUGAAUGUGAUAAAUCGUUUUACAAAAGAUUUUCACUUAAGCAACACAUGUUGUCUAAACACUCGACGGAAAAGUCAUUUAAAUGUGGUAUCGAUGGCUGUGAAGACAAAUUUCAAUCAAUAUAUCAGCGAAAUCUUCAUCGACUAACUGUCCAUCAACUGUCCAAGUAUUCGACGAAGAAAGUCAAAAACAGUUAUUCAUGUCAAUGGCCCGGUUGUGACUAUCAGUGCUCUGGAAAAGAUCGUCUGGAAAACCACACACGUUUACACACCGGUGAGCGUCCGUUUGUGUGUCAGUGGCCAGAGUGUGACAAACGGUUCCGACGUAAACAUCAUCUAAGACAACAUGACAUUUGUCAUAAAAAUCUGAAGCCCUAUGUCUGUCAAUGGCCCGGAUGUGACUAUCGGGGCAAUAGUAGAGGCAAUUAUUGCGCACACAAAAAGAUACAUCAAAGACAACCACAAUAA